GAUUGGCUGCUCCGUGUAUUGAGGAGUGGGCCUGGAGCGCGCGGCCAGCUGUGAGGGGAGCAGGGCGAACGGGCAGCGGAGUACUAAAGGGACAAAGAGCCGCUGCUUCCCAUCCCAUCCUCUCCAACAGGUCGGAAAACCACACCGAGUCUGAGGAAGAGCCUGCUGCUUGUUCUUCGCCUGUCAGAGUCAACCACUGCCUUUCCCCCCCUUGCAUCAUGCUGCGCCCAGUUGUAGUCCAGUGUCUUGUGUCCACCUUGCUGUCCAUUUGGGCCCUGUCCAACGCCCAGUCAGACUCUAAUGCCCCUGUGAUCCAGCUACGUCUAGCAGGGGAGAAGAGGAAACACUACGAGGGGCGGGUGGAAGUUUUCUACAAUGGAGAGUGGGGGACUGUGUGCGAUGAUGACUUCUCCAUCUACGCCGCCCAAGUGGUGUGCAGAGAGCUCGGCUUCAUGGAUGCCAAGUCUUGGUCGCCUUCAGCAAAGUAUGGAAGAGGAGAAGGCCGUAUCUGGCUCGACAACUUGCACUGCACUGGUGGAGAGAAGAGCCUUGCUCAGUGUGAGUCCAAUGGCUUCGGUGUGUCUGACUGCAAACAUUCAGAAGAUGUCGGAGUGGCGUGCACCCAGAAGCGCAUUCCAGGGUUCCAGUUCAUCCGGAACCAGGCCAGCAGCAACGAGGGUUUGACAGUGCAGGUGGAGGAUGUGAGGAUAAGAGCCACGUACUCUCACAGGAAAAGGAUUCCCAUCACUGACGGCUUUUUAGAGGUGAAAGACGGAGGCAAGUGGAGACAGAUCUGUAAUGAGGACUGGACUGAGAAGAACAGCAGGGUCAUCUGUGGCAUGUUCGGCUUCCCCGGGGAGAAACGUGUGAACAUGCGACCCUACAAAUUACUGGCCAAGCGUCGUAAGAAGAACUACUGGGGUUUCUCUGUCAACUGCACUGGCAACGAGGCUGACCUGUCCGAUUGUAAACUGGGCCGUGAGAUAGAGCUGAAGGGCAACCGCACCUGUGAGCAGGGCAUGCCUGUAGUGGUCAGCUGUGUGCCUGGACGUGCCUUUGCUCCCUGUGUCAGCGCCGGCUUCAGCAAGGCCUACAGGGUGGAGCAACCCUUGGUGCGUCUAAGAGGCGGAGCUAUGAUUGGCGAGGGCCGAGUGGAGGUGUUGAAGAACGGAGAGUGGGGCACGGUGUGUGACGACAACUGGGACAUUCAAGCUGCCACCGUUGUGUGUCGAGAGCUGGGCUUCGGCAGCGCCAAAGAGGCCUUGACUGGCGCCCGAAUGGGACAAGGGAUCGGGCCGGUCCACAUGAAUGAGGUGCAGUGCUCCGGGUUUGAAAAGUCACUGACCGAGUGUUACUUCAACCGUGAGGACCUGGGCUGCAGCCACGAGGAAGAUGCAGCAGUCAGGUGUCACGUUCCUGCCAUGGGCUUUAACAAGAGGCUUCGGUUAAGUGGCGGGCGUAAUCCCUAUGAGGGUCGUGUGGAGGUUCUGGGAGAGAGGAACGGCUCUCUGGUGUGGGGUACAGUGUGCAGUGACAGCUGGGGGACCAUGGAGGCCAUGGUGGUGUGCAGACAGCUUGGCUUGGGGUUUGCCAGCCACGCUUUCCAGGAAGCUUACUACUGGCAGGGGGAUGCCUCCGCUGAUGCGAUCGUGAUGAGUGGAGUGAGAUGUUCAGGGACUGAGCUGACUCUGGAUCAGUGUCUGCAUCACGGGAGACACAUCGACUGUCCAAAAGGGGGUGGACGCUUUGCUGCAGGUGUCUCUUGUACUCAGGCGGCCCCAGAUCUGGUCCUUGAUGCCCAGGUAGUGGAGCAGACCACCUACCUGGAGGACAGACCCAUGUAUAUUCUGAAGUGUGCCCAAGAGGAGCACUGUCUGUCCAGUAGUGCUGACAACGCCGACUCCAGCUCCUACCGCCGCCUUCUGCGCUUCUCCUCCCAGAUCCACAACAAUGGCCAGACAGACUUCAGGCCACGGGCGGCGCACCACUCCUGGAUCUGGCAUGAGUGUCACAGACAUUACCACAGUAUGGAGGUUUUCACCCACUAUGACUUGCUGAGUCUAAACGGCACCAAAGUAGCGGAGGGACACAAAGCCAGCUUCUGUCUGGAGGACACUCACUGUAAUGAGGGUAUCCAGAAGAAGUAUGAAUGUGCAAACUUCGGGGCACAGGGCAUCUCAGUCGGCUGCUCAGACACCUACAGGCACGACAUCGACUGUCAGUGGAUAGACGUCACAGACCUGAAGCCUGGCGACUACCUCUUCCAGGUUGUAAUAAACCCAAACUUUGAGGUUGCAGAAUCAGAUUACACCAACAACAUUAUGAAGUGCCGCUCCCGGUACGAUGGACAUCGGAUAUGGACAUACAACUGUCGUAUAGGUGGCACACUGGGUUCUGACACAGAGGAAACAUUCCCUGGAUUGCUGACAAACCAGCUCUCUCACAGGUAGACCACGCAAGACGGACAACGCAGUCGGACAGACAUUGGGGAAGUUUAAAAUAAUAUUUGACAACCACUAGAGGGAGCUGCACUGCUGUGCUUCCUCGGAGCAGUGCUGGAUUGUUGUUGAGUUCAGGGCUCAACUGGUACAAAGGACAAUAAUUUAACGGGAAAAUGAACUGCUUGCUUACCAAAUCUAUUAACCACAUUCAGCUGUAUAAAGUGUUCCUAUCUCUUAGUGCCUUCAUCAGUGAAAUGAAGGGUUUGACUUGGUGCUUAUGGGGAGAGAUGUCAGGGAGUGUUGCAGCCAAAUAAAUUAAAUUAAAUGUGCCAACAGUAGUCUUCUUAGCUGAAGUUUAAAACCAAAAACCAUUCGAUCAGACCUCAGCCCUGUUGAAUUUUCUUGGGAUGAAUGAAAAUACUACUACUGCCAGAUCUGGUGCUACAACUGAUUCGUGCACUGUAUGUUUUUCUAAAAAAUAGAUUAAUUGACAGGGGUGUGUUUAGGUCAAAUUAACUUCCACAGUAUUGGUUAUUUAAAGGCUUGAACUAGAUACUGAAAUCAAAUACAGUGCAUUAUUUUAAUUACUGCCAAUGACAAUGUCUCAAUCAAUGUCAAAGACAGAACUGACAAUUCAAAUGACUCAUGUUUUUAUAAAAACUGUAUUUAACUUUCUACAAAAAGUCACAUUUUAUAUAUAGGCUGCCAAACGUUGGAUAUAUUUUUACAUUGUCUGUCAGAAACCCUCCAGUGUUGAAUACAUUCAUGACAACAGAUAACUGGCUUUGUUUCCUAGUUAAGAUUUUCCAUCAUAUAUUGUCAGAACUAAGCGGAGUGAGAAAGUGCUUUUUAUCUCUCUGGAUUUAUGUUCCACAUACUUGAGCUCACUUUUAAAACUGUAUUAUUUAUUGAGUUUUUUUCUUGGUAGCUACAGCAGACACACAUUUACCUUUAUGAUCUGUGCAUCUCCUCGGCUUUUUUCUCACUGUCUGAGCUUUGAUACAUCAUUACUGUCAGGGACUACAAUUACAUUGUGGAUGUACUGUAAAUGCCACAAAUGUGUGUGAAAAUGCCUCCUCGUUCUGUAAAUUAGUUGUUCUUUAUGUAACAAAUUGAAAGAUCCUUCAUUUUAAAAGGGUACUUGUUGCUUGCUGCCUGACUGUUUUUAUUUUGUAUGCAUGGAUGAAUGUGGAUGAGCAUAACAUUUUUCAAAUAAAAAAUGUUCUAAGUAGA